AUGUCUAAAGGAAAAGUUUGUUUGGCUUAUUCUGGUGGUUUAGAUACUUCCGUCAUUUUGGCUUGGUUGUUAGACCAAGGCUACGAAGUUGUGGCUUUCAUGGCUAAUGUAGGCCAAGAAGAAGAUUUCGAUGCCGCUAAGGAAAAGGCUUUGAAGAUUGGUGCCUGUAAGUUCGUUUGUGUAGAUUGUCGUGAAGAUUUUGUUAAUGACAUUCUAUUCCCAGCUGUGCAGGUCAACGCUGUGUACGAAGACGUCUACCUAUUGGGUACUUCUUUGGCAAGACCGGUUAUCGCUAAGGCUCAAAUUGACGUCGCUAAACAAGAGGGCUGUUUUGCGGUCUCUCACGGUUGUACCGGUAAAGGUAACGACCAAAUUAGAUUCGAAUUAUCGUUUUACGCCUUGAAGCCAGACGUCAAGUGUAUUACACCAUGGAGAAUGCCUGAAUUUUUCGAGAGAUUUGCUGGUAGAAAGGAUUUAUUAGACUAUGCCGCACAAAAAGGCAUUCCAGUCGCCCAAACAAAAGCCAAGCCAUGGUCCACUGACGAAAACCAAGCCCACAUUUCUUACGAAGCAGGUAUCUUGGAAGACCCAGAUACCACCCCACCAAAGGACAUGUGGAAACUGAUCGUCGACCCAAUGGAUGCUCCGGACCAACCACAAGAUUUGACCAUUGAUUUUGAACGUGGUCUCCCAGUUAAGUUGACCUACACCGAUAAUAAGACUUCCAAGGAAGUUUCUGUCACCAAGCCUUUGGAUGUUUUCUUAGCUGCAUCUAAUUUGGCAAGAGCCAACGGUGUUGGCAGAAUCGAUAUUGUGGAAGAUCGUUACAUUAACUUGAAAUCCAGAGGUUGUUACGAACAGGCCCCAUUGACUGUUUUGAGAAAAGCCCAUGUUGACUUGGAAGGUUUGACUCUAGACAAAGAAGUUCGCCAAUUGAGAGACUCAUUCGUCACACCAAACUACUCGAGAUUGAUAUAUAACGGUUCCUAUUUCACCCCAGAGUGUGAAUACAUCAGAUCCAUGAUCCAACCUUCCCAAAAUAGCGUCAACGGUACUGUCAGAGUUAGACUAUAUAAGGGUAAUGUCAUCAUUCUGGGUAGAUCUACAAAGACUGAAAAGUUGUAUGACCCAACAGAAUCCUCCAUGGAUGAAUUGACCGGAUUCUUACCUACCGACACCACUGGUUUCAUCGCCAUCCAAGCUAUUAGAAUUAAAAAAUACGGUGAAUCCAAAAAAGCCAAAGGUGAAGAGUUGACUUUGUAA